AUGACAAAGAAUGCAGUGACCUAUGAUGACGUGCAUAUCGACUUCACUUGGGAAGAGUGGAAUUUGCUAGAUCAAUCCAAGAAGACUCUCUACAAAGAUGUGAUGUUGGAGACCUACAGGAACCUCACUACCAUUGGAUACAACUGGGAAGACCAUAAUAUUGAAGAACAUUGUCAACAUUCUAGAAAACAUGAAAGACAUGAAAGAAGUCAAACUGGAGAGAAAACUUCUGAAUAUACUCAAUGUACUACAACCUUUGCAUAUAACAGUCAUCUUCAAAAGCAUGAAAGAACACAUACUAGAGAGAAACUCUAUGAAUGUAAUGAGUUUGUUAAAGCCUUUGGACAUCACAGUCAUAUUCAAAUGCAUAGAAAAACACAUACUGGAGAGAAACCAUAUGAAUGUAAUCAGUGUGGCAAAGCCUUUGUUUAUCACAGUCAUCUUCAGAUGCAUAAAAGAACCCAUACUGGAGAGAAGCCCUAUGAAUGUAAUCAAUGUGGUAAAGCCUUUGCAUCUCACAGUCACCUGCAGAUGCAUAAAAGAACCCAUACUGGAGAGAAGCCCUAUGAAUGUAAUCAAUGUGGUAAAGCCUUUGCCCAAAAGGGCAAUCUUCAAAUGCAUAAAAGAACCCAUACUGGAGAGAAACCCUAUGAAUGUAUUCAGUGUGGUAAAGCCUUUGCAUCUAAAGGUCAUCUUCAAACGCAUAAAAAAACACAUACUGGAGAGAAACCCUAUGAAUGUAAUCAAUGUGGUAAAGCCUUUGCAUCUCACAAUUAUUUUCAGAUGCAUAAAAGAACCCAUAGUGGAGAGAAACCCUAUGAAUGUAAUCAAAGUGGUAAAGCCUUUCCAUCUCCCAGUUAUCUUCAAAUACAUAAAAGGACACAUACUGGAGAGAAGCCCUAUGAAUGUAGUCAUUGUGGUAAAGCCUUUUCAUGGAUGUGUAGUCUUCGAAAACAUGAGAAAAAAUCAUACUGCAGAGAACCUCUAUAAAUGUAGUCAGUGAGGUAAAA